GGUGCCCGCACGCUCGCGGCGCGCGCCGGGCCGCCACACUCGGCCUGUGGGCGAUUUCCUCCGGACCCGAGCUCCCCGCCCGAGGAGGAAGAUGCAGACCUUUCUGAAAGGGAAGAGAGUUGGCUACUGGCUGAGCGAGAAGAAAAUCAAGAAGCUGAAUUUCCAGGCCUUCGCCGAGCUGUGCAGGAAGCGAGGGAUAGAAGUGGUGCAGCUGAACCUUAGCCGGCCGAUUGAGGAGCAGGGUCCCCUGGACGUCAUCAUCCACAAGCUGACUGAUGUCAUCCUCGAAGCCGACCAGAACGACAGCCAGUCCCUGGAGCUGGUGCACAGGUUCCAGGAGUACAUCGAUGCGCACCCUGAGACCAUUGUCCUGGACCCCCUUCCUGCCAUCAGGACCCUCCUCGACCGCUCCAAGUCCUAUGAGCUCAUCCGGAAGAUCGAGGCCUACAUGAAAGAUGACAGGAUCUGCUCGCCGCCCUUCAUGGAGCUCACGACCCUGAGUGGGGACGACACCAUGAGGCUCCUGGAGCAGAACGGCCUGGCCUUCCCCUUCAUUUGCAAAACCAGAGUGGCGCAUGGCACCAACUCUCAUGAGAUGGCCAUCGUGUUCAACCAGGAGGGCCUGAGUGCCAUCCAGCCGCCCUGUGUGGUCCAGAACUUCAUCAACCACAAUGCUGUCCUGUAUAAGGUGUUUGUGGUGGGCGAGUCCUACACCGUGGUCCAGAGGCCCUCGCUGAAGAACUUCUCUGCGGGCAUGUCAGGCUCUUCCCCAGGACCGUCUCUCGUGCCCCCCGUCUGGACUGGCUCUGGUCGGAGCGGCGGGAGGACUGUCGGGUACACCGGGGCGGCAAGGGGCCUGUGUGCCUCACUAGCGGGAAGGAUGCCAGACCGGGAGUCCAUCUUCUUCAACAGUCACAACGUGUCCAAGCCGGAGUCCUCGUCGGUCCUGACCGCGCUGGACAAGAUCGAGGGUGUGUUCGAGAGGCCGAGCGACGAGGUCAUCCGGGAGCUGUCCCGGGCCCUUCGGCAGGCACUGGGUGUGUCACUCUUCGGGAUUGACAUCAUCAUCAACAACCAGACCGGGCAGCACGCGGUCAUCGACAUCAAUGCCUUCCCAGGCUACGAGGGCGUCAGCGAGUUCUUCACAGACCUCCUGAACCAUGUGGCCACCGUCCUGCAGGGCCAGAGCGCAGCCACGGCGGCGGCGGGGGACGCGGCCCCGCUGAGGCACAGCAGGCUCCUAGCGGAGCAGGCAGGUGGCCUGGCGGGCGAGCGGACGUGCAGCGCGGGCCCCGGCUGCUGCAGCAACUUGAUGGGCCCGGACCCCCCCUGGACGGCAGAGGCCGACGCGGGCGGCGUGGGCCAGGGAGGCACCGCCAAGCUCCCGCACCAGAGACUCGGCUGCACCGCCGCCGUGUCCCCCAGCUUCCAGCAGCACUGCGUGGCCUCGCUGGCCACCAAGGCCUCCUCCCAGUAGCCGUGGAGCCCGGGACCCAGAGGACGGCGCGGGCCGCAGAGUGCACCUGCUGGGCCGGCAGCUCCCGGCGGUGACGCUCCGACUGAGAAUUCCCAGCGAUCUGAUUCUUCUUCCUCUUCUUCUUCUUCUUCCUUUUUUUUUUUUAAUUUUUAACCUGAUUUUCUGAUGUCAUGAUCGAAAUAAGGGGUGGCAGAGGGGGGAGAUGGUAAAGAACCCCAAGUGGUCCAGCCUUGGGGGAGACGGACGUCCUGCUGGAUGCCUGCUGUGCAGAUGUCUUCACUGGGUUUACACUUGCUGUGUCUUCAACACUAGGUCUGAGUGUAAGGUGGGGUGUGUGUGUGUCUGUGUGUGUGCGUGUGCAUGCGUGUAUGUGAACGUGUGUGUGUGUGUCCAUCCACGUCUGUUCGUCUCGAUGGCUGCUGUGGAUCAGGCCUCGGGGACCCCAUAGGGGAGCAGGCUUUUAGUGGCUGAGCAGAGUGAGUGAGGGGUUCCUUCUCUCUCUCUUUUCUCCAAGCCCCCUGCUAGGCCCUCUAGCUGUCCCCCUCCGACUGGCCGCCUCCGCAGCCUUGUGAGGAACAGGGCCUAGAGCCCCGGCCAGGUGUGCAGCUGUCCCUCCCAGGAGCAAGUGAGAGGCACACCUGCUGUUUCCUUGGGGAUUUCCGUGCAGGGGGUCUGGGCUGUGGUCUGCCUGUUGCUUGCUCCCAAAAGGGAAGGAGAAGGAAGUUUCCCAGGCAAGGCCAAGGCCUUGAGUUGGCUUCUCUCCACGUCCAGCUUCCUGGGGUCCACCAGGCCCUGGUGGACCAUGCAGGGUCCCGUGCAGCCCUGCAGGGGGGCCUCCUGCCCUGACCAGGCACUGCUCCCCAGGACCCAGGACAAGACUGCCUGGUUGGGAGCCCCCGGGCUGAUCCUGCCUGUGCCAAGGAUUUGGGCCGUGACUUUGGACAGAUCACCCCAGGAGUUGCCGGGCCUCUGUGUCCUUAUGUCUGAUGAGCGUUUGAGCCCAGAGAACUCGGAAGGGCAGGCAUGAGGCCCCAGCCCCCGACGGGGCAGCCUGUUUCUCUGAGAAGUCAGCCUGAUGCACCUCCCCUUGGCCUCAAGGUGUUCGGGGGUAGCUGCCUGUAUGCGUCACGUCUUUUCACACCCGCCCAGCGGGCCUGCCCACCCUUCCCAUACUCACUGUAAGCCCUAAGCACGAAGCCAGCUGAGUGUGAAGGGAGCUGCAGCCCCAGAGGGUAGGAAACCGGUACCCCCUCCUCCAUGAGCCUCAGCCCGGCCCCUGAUGGCAGCAGAUCCCGUGGGCCGCUCGGCUUCCAUGGUGCAGUGGGCAGGCCACCCGCCCCUCCACAGAGAAGGGGGCUAGCCAGGGGCUUUGUCAGCCUGGAUCAGGGAGAACCUGGGUGAGAUGCAUAGGACCCUCUGAGCAUGAGCUCGUGUCUUCAGAUGUCCCUUCACUUUGAGCAAGUUGGAAAGCCUCUGGGCUGUCCUGCAUGGUCUGGUGAGGAUGGUCCCAGAGAGGCUGUUGGCCUGGGCAUUUGGAGGCACCUUCAGGCCUGGCUCAGCAGGGGCGUGGGGGUCACCCACCUUCAGGAAAGGAAGGGCUGGGUGGUGGCCACCACCGAGCCGGGGCUGGGCCUAGGGGGAGAGCUGGUGCCGUCAGAGCUGCCGGCUGGCUUGGAGCCCGAGGGCCCACCAACUAACUGCGUUUACACGACUUGAGUGUUGAACCCCGAUUAUAAUGUCCGUACGGUGCCUUUCCUAGCCCAACCCUGAGCCCCGGGGAGGCAGGAAAGCGCGACUGGCCUCUUGCACUGCUUUGUCUCCAAAAUAAACUACUGAAAUCAAACUGCA